AUGGCCGCGGCCACCUCCAACCCCUACCUCCCCGGCAACGGCAUCCUGGCGGCCGGCUCCAUCGUCCACGCCGACUCGGGCGGCGGCGGCGGCGGCGGCGGCGGCGGGGGCAUGCAGCCGGGCGGCGUGGCCGUCACCUCGGUGGCGGGCGGCUACCGCGGCGACCCGGCGGCCAAGAUGGUCCAGAGCGACUUCAUGCCGGGCGCCAUGGCCGCCAGCAACGGCGGCCAUAUGCUGAGCCAUGCCCACCAGUGGGUGACGGCCCUGCCCCACGCCGCCGCCGCCGCCGCCGCCGCCGCCGCCGCCGCCGCCGAAGCGGGCUCGCCCUGGUCCGGCAGCCCCGUGGGCAUGACGGGCAGCCCCCAGCAGCCGCCGCCGCCGCCGCCGCCCGACGUGAAGGGCGGCGGCGGGCGCGAGGAGCUGCACGCGGGCGCGGCGCUGCACCACCGGCCGCCCCACCUGGGCCCCCCGCACCAGGGGCACCCCGCGGCCUGGGGCGCGGCGGCGGCGGCCGCCCACCUGCCCGCCAUGGCCGGCGGGCAGCAGCAGCAGCAGUCGCUCCUCUACUCGCAGCCCGGGGGCUUCACGGUGAACGGCAUGCUGAGCCCCGCGGGCGGCGGGCAGAGCUUGGUGCACCCCGGGCUGGUGCGCGGCGGCGAGACGGCGGAGCUGGGCGAGCACCCCGGGCAUCACCACCAUCACCACCACCCGCACCCCGGGCACCACGCGCCGCACCACGGCGCAGUCAACAGCCACGAGGCGCACUCGGACGAGGACACGCCGACCUCGGACGACCUGGAGCAGUUCGCCAAGCAGUUCAAGCAGCGGCGGAUUAAGCUGGGCUUCACGCAGGCCGACGUGGGGCUGGCUCUGGGCACCCUGUACGGCAACGUCUUCUCGCAGACAACCAUCUGCCGCUUCGAGGCCCUGCAGCUCAGCUUCAAGAACAUGUGCAAGCUGAAGCCUUUGUUGAACAAGUGGCUGGAGGAAGCCGACUCCUCCACCGGCAGCCCCACCAGCAUCGACAAGAUCGCGGCGCAGGGCAGGAAGAGGAAGAAGCGGACCUCCAUCGAGGUGAGUGUCAAGGGGGCCUUGGAGAGCCACUUUCUGAAAUGCCCCAAGCCCUCCGCCCAGGAGAUUACGAACCUAGCGGACAGCCUGCAGCUGGAGAAGGAGGUGGUCAGGGUUUGGUUUUGCAAUCGGAGGCAGAAAGAGAAACGCAUGACCCCGCCGGGGAUCCAGCAGCAGACCCCCGACGAUGUCUACUCGCAGGUCGGCGCCGUCAGCUCCGACACGCCGCCCCCUCACCACGGACUGCAGAGCGGCGUGCAGUGAGCGGGGCUCCGCGGGGCCGGGCCGGGAGAGCUCCGGCGGCGGCGGCGGCGGCGGCGGCGGUGGCGAACGCCGCGCUCACACACACGGACACGGACACUCACACUCACACGCACGCACGCACGCACUCACACACACACACGCGCGCGCGGUCCGGGCUCGCUCGGGCCGCCCGUGUCGGUAUAUGUAUGGAUAGAGGCGGGCGCCUGGAUCUAUCUGUCCAUACGGGAUCGAUAGCGAGAGGGAGCGCCGGGAAAGGUCGAGCCGAGCGAGAGCGUUUCCGCUGCGUUGGGAGAACGGGGUGGAGAUGCGUAAUGCACCAAAACUGCAGAUGUGCCGGGGGCUGCUGUGGGAAGAGGGCUCGGCCGGGUGGGUUCUGCCUUGGGUUUCUGUUCGGGUUUUUGCUUUUCGCCUCCCCCCAUCCCCCCCUGAGCCCCUCUCGCAGCGAUGGGGUCUGCACCUCUCCCCUCCUCCCCCCCUUGCUCUCCCCUAUCCCCAAAGGGCUCUUCUCUCGAUCAAGGAAACUUUCCCCCCCCCCCCUCCUUCUACCCCUUCCCUCCUUUUUUAUUUUUUUUUAAUUUUUUUUAAAAUUUUUUCCUUUAUUUUCUUUCUUUUCUUUCUUUUUAAUUUUCUUUUUAAAUUUUGAUUUUUCACAAUGGGAGCGAUCCGAAAAAAAAAAAAAAAAGAAAGAAAGAAAGAAAAGAAAAGAAAGGGAAGCAGAAGCAAAACGAUGUGAUCAAUCAGAGGGGGCCUGCUGCGUGCCAGCACCUCUGUUUUCCUUGGCCAAACCGUAGGAUUUUGGUGCAAGGCAGACACCCACUCUGAGAACAUAGAUAUCUAUGGAGUGAUAUAUUCCGCAAAAUGAGAAGGGCCACUUUGUUUCGCUGUUGGUUUUUUGUUGUUGUUGUUUUUUUCCAGGAAGAAAAAAUAAUAAUAAUAAUAAUAAUAAUGAAAAUAUGCACACAGCACUAAAAACAAGCAGACUGCGUAGGGAGGCAAAUACAUAUAUAUAUAUUUAUCUAUAUAUAUAGGUAUAGCUAUAGAACAAAACUAUGGGAAUACAUGCCCACACACCGAACUGACCCCGAGGAGA